UAUAACACAGUCUUCCCGCAUGGUCAGAGGGGGAAGGUUGUGCCAAAGUAUAUACACAUUUUAUUACAAGAAACCAGGUUCUUUUCUGCGAACGCGAGGAGCAGCUUGUAAAGCACAGCAGCUUUUGCAAUUAACAGAAAAAAGUGCAAGCUAACCAAACUGCUACAGUAUAAAUCUUUUUCCCUCAGUGCCCAUAGAGCAACAAUAUAUUUUAGAAAGAGAGCAUGGUGCAGCAAACGAACAACGCAGAGAACACGGAAGCGGUGCUUGCCGGAGAGUCCACCGACUCCGGCGCUUCCGAUCUGGGCAUAGCUUGCUCACCAGCGGCGGACUCCGUGGCAUCGGAUGGGGAGAAAACGGACGAGCCGAACUGGUGCAAGACCGCCAGUGGGCACAUCAAGAGACCCAUGAACGCGUUUAUGGUGUGGUCGCAGAUCGAGAGAAGGAAGAUCAUGGAACAGUCCCCGGACAUGCACAACGCGGAGAUCUCGAAGCGCCUGGGGAAGCGCUGGAAGUUACUGAAAGACAGUGAUAAGAUCCCCUUUAUCCGUGAAGCCGAAAGAUUGCGCCUGAAGCACAUGGCGGACUAUCCCGAUUAUAAAUACAGGCCGAGAAAGAAGGCGAAAAGUGCGAGCAGCAAACCGGGAGAGAAAAGCGAAAAGAUCAACACUAAACCCACGGCUAAAAAGAGCAGUAGCAGCAAUAGUAGCAUUAGCAAGUCCGGCAAAACGCACAAGAUCAUCUUGGGUACGCUCACCAAGACUCCGGCCAUCCACCAGCAUCCGCAGUCAGGCACCACUACUCCUAACACAAACACUAGCAGCCAACACUCGGUUUACAAAGCGCGGACGAGCCCCGCUUCCAAACACCUUGCAGAUAAGAAACUGAAAGAGAGGCGGUCGUUCGGAGGCCAGGGCAGCACCUCUUCAGCCGCCGUGCCAGCCAGCCCGACCCUCAGUUGUUCAGCCGAUCCCGGCGACCCGGUCAGUUUCUAUGAAGAUCUGGCGGGUGGGACAGGGGUGCGGGUCCCCGAUUCGCCCGUAAACCAGCGCAAACACCCAGGCAAUUUAAGGUCGAUUUCACCGGCCCCUUCCACGACCCACUCUUGUUCCUCUUCGUCUCUGGCCUCGUCUUCCGACGAAGAGUUCGAGGACGACCUUAUGGACCUUAGUUCCAGCCCCACUUUCGAGAACAUGACACUGGGCAACUUGAGUUCGUCUCUGGACAGAGAUUUGGAGUUUAAUUUUGAGCAGGAAUCGGCGUCUCACUUCGAGUUCCCAGAUUACUGCACGCCAGAGGUGAGCGAAAUGAUUUCAGGGGACUGGCUGGAGUCAAGUAUUUCAAACCUAGUGUUCACGUAUUAAAAAGCGGCAAGUGAAAGAAACUGACUUGCUCUUUUAUCUCGGAGGGAAAUAAAGGGAUCGUGAAUUAAAGUAAUUGUGAUCCAAGUGCUGUAAAAUUGCGUGAUCGUAAUGCCUGAUCGCAAGCCUUCAGCGGGAAAAAAAAUCAAACAAAUGUGCCGACGUGUUUAAGGAGGGACUGUGAUAUUCCACUGAAAAAUAAAAGCCCAGUCUCGAGUCUGGAUUGAAAAGGAAAACCUGAAAUUGAUUUGCACGUACGGGAGAGAACGCGGGCUUCGCUUUAGGACAGGUCGUUUAAAACCGUGGAAAGAAAUCACCAAACAAUUUAUAUUGGUACAGACAUAUACACACAGGCGAAGACGUGAGAUCUACACGCGAGGAGAGCCUUUCAUAGAAGAAUGGUGGUGUUGGAUUACUGUAUUUCGCUGGGUUCAUAGCAUGUUGUACUGUACCUUCCCAGAUUCUGUACAGACUGGAACAGUCAAAACCGUUAAGACGAGUCAACUAGAUAGAUGGCGCUCUGUAUGAUUCCGACCAAGUCACCAGCUUUUUUUUCCUCUUACCAUUAACGCAAC